AGGCCAUUGUUCUAGUCAGGUUAGCAUUAGCAUUAGCCGCGGAGCCUGAAGCGCGACUUUAUCCUCCGGCGUUCCCGCGAACUGGACCGCAGACCCGGCGAACACACGGGUCCACGGCGGUACACCCCGGCAGAACGACGACGAACCCGCUUUUAGAACCAGAAGAGCAGUCAUGGUGAAAGACGCCAACAGGCCGAAAGGCAGGACCUCUGCGUACGCGUUCUUCGUCCUGUCCUGCAGGGAUGAGCUCAAAAAGAAAAGCCCCACCACUCCGGUGAACUUCAGCAAGUUCUCCAAGAGCUGCUCGGAACAGUGGAAGGCUCUGACUCCAUCAGAUAAGAAGAAGUUUGAGGACCUGGCGAAGGCUGACAAGGCUCGCUACGACGAGGAGAUGAGGCACUAUGUCCCCCCGAAGGGCAUGGGCAAGAAGCAGAGGAAGAAGAAGGACCCCAACGCUCCCAAACGACCCCCGUCAGCGUUCUUUAUCUUCUGCUCUGAACACAGACCCACGGUGAAAAGCGAGUAUCCCAACCUGACUAUCGGCGAAAUCGCCAAAAAGCUGGGAGAGAUGUGGUCCAAGCUGGGCACGAAGGACCGCGCGCCCUUCGACCAGAAGGCUGUCCAGCUGCGUGGGAAGUAUGAGAAGGACGUGGCCGCGUACCGCGCUGGAGGCGGAGCUCCUAAAAGGGGACCCGGCCGACCCACAGGCUCCACCAAGAAAGCCCAGGCAGACCCCGACGACGACGAGGACGAGGACGAAGACGAGGACGAAGACGAGGAGGAGGACGAAGAGGAGGAGGAUGAAGACGAUGACGACAAGUAGAGGGCGGAGCUGGCAGAGUGCGCCGGUGGGGUCGUUGUUUUGCUGUCCGUCGUUUCAGGAUCUGUGUACAGUCGUGUGGGAAGCUGUCUCUGAUUUUCUUUUUUAACUCAGUGUAAGCAAUAACCUUGAAGCGCAGUGGUUCUGAUUUCUUUAUUUUUAUAAGAGUCUUUGUUUGGGAAAGCGUAGAGUCCUUGUUUCGUUUCGUUUCUUAUUUUAAUUUUUUUUUUAAUAAUAAAGCUGUGUUCUUAUGCACUCUUCA